GUUCACCAAUCACUUUUUGAAAACGAUGCUGCUCAAAUGAAAAUAUUAAAACUUUACUGUUUUGGGAAAAUAAAAUUAAAAAAUUUAUACUGUGCUUGUCCAAAAAACAAGUAAAUACUUUAUAAUAUUUUCAAAUAAAGUUUGAUACAUGUUUUGAGUUAAAACAAAAAUGAAUAUUUAUGGACUUCAAGAACAAGUGCUCCCAUAAAUGAUAGUGUCCAGUAAUAGAAGAAUUAUUUGUUUCCAAAGGUUCUCAGAUACUAUCGUAUGUUGACAGUGCAGAAGCUCAUGGAUGCCUGGUAUGGUAAAGGACCCGCAGCGUUGAAGCUGACAGGGAUCUCUCCUCCAUCAUUCCCGCGAGACACAGCAGAAAACAUCUUAGCGUACUUGCUGAUCAAUGGUUACCUCAAGGAGGACUUCCACUUCACACCUUACUCCACCAUUAGCUAUAUCAGGAGAGGCCAGCUGGCAACUAAACUAGAGGAUCCAUCUCACACAAUAGCCAUGACUGUGCGAGGGAGGGAAGAGCAUCACCACAGAUGA